CUAGUUGUUAGCUACCAUUUUGCAAAAGUUUUUGCUCAACACGUGCUCGGCGCUUGAAUUUUAGAGUUAAAACUAUAUCAAGUAAUUGCGAUGGCAGAGGAAUCAUUCUAUGGUGUUACCCUAACCGCAGAAAACAACAGCGUCACCUGGGACGUUGUCGCCGAUGAGGAUUAUGCACGAGGCCAGAAGCUGGUCAUCAAGCAAAUCCUGCUGGGCGCCGAGGCAAAGGAUAAUGAGUUCAACGUGGUCGAGGUGACCACAAUGAAGGAUUCGGUGCAAAUACCGAUUGCCGUGCUGAAGGCUGGCGAGACACGUGCCGUCAAUCCCGAUGUCGAGUUCUACGAGUCGAAGGUAACAUUCAAGCUGAUUAAGGGCAGCGGACCCGUCUACAUACACGGCCAGAACAUCAAGGAUGAUGUUGAGGUGGUUGACAUGGAGGAGGAGGAUGAUGAGGACGAUGGCGAGGACGAUGAGAUCGAGCAUCCAAAGAAGCGAGCCAAAAUCGAGCCGAAUGCUGCCGAUAGCAAAAAUGCCAAGAACCCGAAAAAGAAGUAAAAACUCAAAAAGCAAUUCUCUAAGCUAAAUCUGUAGAUUUUAAAAAGUGUUUUAGGCCCUAUAAACAAUACAAUUAUACAAUAUUAUAACACACACAACUACAUACUUACGCUAUGUAAAACUACAAUUUAGUUCCUUUCUCUCAGAUCCUUGAAACAUUCAAAACUUUAAAUAUUGAUUAUAUACGACUAAACCCCAAUCCGUAUGCAAUAAGCCAGAGAUAAACCCCGAUUUAGUCAGCAUAUUUGUAUAUAAGUACUUACAAUGCGAUUUCU